AACGGGGACCCCCCCCAAAAUGGGGACCCCCAAAAUGGGGACCGGGACCCCCAAAAUGGGGAGCGGGACCCCCCCGGUGAGGAUUCCGACCCGCUGGGGCCGUUGGCUCCGCUGCCGAUCCGGAUCCGUUUUCUGCCCCUCGGGGACCCCCCCGCGACCCCCGCCCGCCUCGGGGGGCGCUGCCAACUGCUGGUGCUGGGCUGGAGGUCCCUCCCCGCUCUCUCUCCCGCGCUCGCGGCUUUGGCGGCUCCGGGGGCGACGCUGUUGGUGGAGCUGCCGACGUUGGUUCCCUCCCUCCGCCCCGCCCAGCUGGGGGCGCUGCGGGCGCGCGCGGCGGCUCUGGCGGGGGCGGGGGGCUUCGAGCCCUGGGGGGGGCCCGGGGAGCCCCCGGCCCACCUGCGCUUCCGCAAGGGGCCGAGCGCGGAGACCCCAGACCCAAAUUACCCCAAAGGGCCCUGAGACCCCUCCCCGAAUUAUCCUAAAUAGCCCUGAGACCCCAGACCCAAAUUAACCCAAACGGCCCUGAGACCCCGACCCAAAUUACCCCAAAUAGCCCUGAGACCCCUCCCAAAAUUAUCCCCCAAAUCCUCUUCCUGUUC